AGGGCGCGGGCCAGGGAAGAGUCCCCGGGGCGGCUGGGCGGGUGGCGCCCGGAGCUCGACUGGGGGUCGCGGUGGAGAUGAGGCGGCAGCCAGCGGGGAGAUGAGGCGCUGCGCGAGGAAGCAGGAUCCGAGAGGGCGAGCCCGCUGUCCGCACCUGCGUGUCCGGGAGCGGGCUCAAAACGUUCAGUGGGACAGGAACCAAAGUACCUCAUGAUGUGUCAAGACAAACCUGGAAAGACUAGGAGCUGUUAACUGGCCUGCCUCAAUGAAUCAUCUGGUACUUCUUUUUGUCUCUAGUUUUGAAAGCUUCCCAGAGGCAACCUGAAAUCCAGAAUCUUCUCAGAAUAGGAUGAGGGAAAUUCUGAAGUUUUCAUUAAACACAUUUCUCCCUCAAGCUUUGGAAGGAGCCAGAAUGCCAAAGGCAAGAAUCCCUGAACAUCGCCUACACUGUUGUGAUAUCCUGAUAAAUGUCUAACAAACCCAGCAUGUGUCCACUGGGCCUGACCAGCUGCUGGGCAAAGUUCCAGAACAAUGAGACAUCUUGGGAUUCAUCUGGUUUGGGAAAGACCUUUAACUCCCACGUAGUAGUCACCUAAGUGUGUUCUUUAAAUAAUCAAGUUUUGAGGUCUUUGCAUGGUGGUCGGUUCUGAGGGCAAGAAACAAAAGGAUGACCUUAUUCUGUGAGCAGGAUUGCUGUGAAAGAAGGAGCUGUGUGUGUCUGAGUCUGUGGGAAGAGAGAGCCACCUAGAAUGUCCCCGCCAAACCAGUCAGUGGAAGGCCUUCUCCAGGGGGCUCCUAACAGAUCCCUGAAUGCCACAGAAACACCAGAGGCUUGGGAUCCAGGGACCCUCCAAGCCCUCAAGAUUUCUCUUGCGGUGGUCCUUUCCAUCAUCACACUGGCCACAGUCCUUUCCAACGCCUUUGUGCUUACCACCAUCUUCCUGACCAGGAAGCUCCACACCCCAGCCAACUAUCUCAUUGGCUCCCUGGCCAUGACUGACCUCUUAGUUUCCAUCUUGGUCAUGCCCAUCAGCAUCCCAUACACCACCACCCACACCUGGAGCUUUGGCCAAAUCCUGUGUGACAUCUGGCUGUCUUCGGACAUCACAUGCUGCACGGCCUCCAUCCUGCAUCUCUGUGUCAUUGCUCUGGACAGGUACUGGGCCAUCACGGACGCCCUGGAGUACAGUAAACGCCGGACAGUGGGCCAUGCGGCUGCCAUGAUCGCCGUGGUCUGGCUCAUCUCCAUCUGCAUCUCCAUCCCACCGCUCUUUUGGCGGCAGGCCAAGGCUCAUGAAGAGAUGUCGGACUGCCUGGUGAACACUUCUCAGAUCUCCUACACCAUCUACUCCACCUGUGGGGCCUUCUACAUCCCAUCUGUGUUGCUCGUCAUCCUCUACGGCCGGAUCUACGUGGCUGCCCGGAACCGCAUCCUGAACCCGCCUUCGCUCUACGGGAAGCGCUUCACCACAGCCCAGCUCAUCACAGGCUCCGCGGGGUCCUCGCUGUGCUCGCUCAACCCCAGCCUUCAUGAGGGGCACUCUCAUUCUGCCGGUUCCCCUUUCUUUUUCAACCACGUGAAAAUCAAGCUUGCUGACAGCGUCCUGGAGCGCAAGAGGAUUUCGGCAGCUCGAGAGAGGAAAGCCACUAAAACCCUGGGGAUCAUUCUGGGGGCCUUUAUCGUCUGCUGGCUGCCCUUCUUUGUUGCAUCUCUGGUCCUCCCCAUCUGCCGGGACUCCUGCUGGAUCCACCCAGCUCUUUUUGACUUUUUCACCUGGCUAGGCUAUUUAAACUCCCUCAUCAAUCCAAUAAUCUAUACUGUGUUUAACGAAGAGUUCCGACAAGCAUUUCAGAAAGUUGUCCAUUUCCGGAAAGCCUCUUAGUCUUAUUUGGUGGUGACUCUUGUUAUCUUUUAUGUCCUGUAAUCCCAUUGGAAUUGUCUCUUUUAUUUUUCCUAAGAGUUGGGUUAAUCCUGGUAUCUUGGGUUUUGGUUCAUCAAUAGAAUUGUUCAGCAUUCUGUUUUUCCUGUUGUCUUCUUGACCUCAGCCACCAAAAGUUGGGCAGCUGUGUGAAAACGGACAAGGCUGAAGUUGGCAUUUAGUAUAAUAUUUUCAUGGUUCAUCAGUUUUGGAAGGAAAAGACACAUAGCAUUUCCCAUGGAUGGAAUUUGGGUGGAAAGCUGCCUGACUCUAUUGGUAGACCCCAGGCUCAAAGGGGGAGGCUUUCUGGUCUACCUAAGUUUUGCAUGACACUCAAAAGAGGGUAGAUGAGAUUAACGACCUGAGUUGAAAGAGAAUUUGGAGUUGGUUGGAGGGAUUUCCAUUCUGUGUGGCACCUUGAUUGGAAAAUAACUCUUAAGUAUUCCUCCCACUGAGUCCUUCUUAGAUUGAAUCUCUUUCAGUUGUUCAUGAGGAGAGAUUCAGGGUUUGCGAUGCCAGAUGUAGAGUGACAGAGAGAAAUUCAGAAGCCAGGGGCAGGGAAGUGGGAUGGUUGGAACCAGAUCAGCUACCCUGUGCCCAUCCUCCCUCCCCAAUAUCUCUGCACCAUCUUAAUAUUCUGAAGUGAAAAUCUACAAUCACCCCUAUUGAAGUAGAUUGACAAGAUUUGUACCUACCAAGCUUUACACCAUUCUGAAUUUUUUUCCCUGAAUUAUAUUUUUACAUCCCAUUCUUGUUAGAGAUUUUAAGGUGUUGAGUCUUGUCAAAUAAAAAG